AUUACAUGCCUUGAAGCACACAAAGACUACGUGCCUACGACACGGGGCCUUCAACAAAGCUCCCUGACAAAAGCAGCCAAUUCCAUCGCAACCUUAGCAGACGCACUCAUAAUCUCACCUCCCACCAACACUAACCAACAUCCAUCCAUCUCAAUAUGGCCACUACGUCGACUCUACCGCCGAACUCGGCUCUGGCCAGCAACAUCAAGCGUACAGCCGGCCCUCCCCUUCUCAUCAUCUACUCGCACGGUCGCACGCCGCCCCUCAACCCACCCCCAGACCUCAAAUUCGACCUCCGCACCAUCCCCAAUCCACCCAAGAGCGCGCGCGACACCCAUGACGGCCGCUCAAAACGAAUGCGUGCGCAUCUUCUCGCAGACGCACGGUUCACUCGGAAGCUAGAGGAGGUGAAGGGUGAGAUCGAAGUUGCGAUGCAGGGGAAGAGUGAAGCCAUUUCAGGCGAGCCGAGAGCGGGUCACGAGGCAAAUGGCCACGACGGCGACUUGACCAUCGCAGGGUCGUCAGACGAAGAGCUCGAGAGUCCAGUCCUGCGUGUAGGCUGCAACUGCGCGCUCGGCCACCACCGCAGCGUCGCUUUUGUUGAGGAGCUCGCACGCCUCGAGUGGCCCGGUGAUUGGCGCGUUCAGAUUGUGCACCGCGAUGUCGAUAAGAAGCGGGCGAGUGGUGCGAGGGCGCAGCAGAAGGGUCAGUGGAGGGUUGCGAAGCAGGAAAGUAGGCUCGGAGGUGGUCAUGACGAGGGGUGGUAAUAUUUUGGGUGAAUUCUCUAGUGAAUGGUAAGGUUUAUGUCGCAUUUUGUACCCACCGAAAUUUCUUGGUAUAGCAAUACUUGGUUAAUCAGUUCUUUCAACCUAGAUGCAACGCGGUUCCAUGGGAGGUUUAAAGAGGAAUAACGCUAUGAGAAUAUCUGCUGUGGGUUUAGAUAGCCAAUAGGCCCUGUCACCUUGAGCCUAUCUACAAGGCCUAAAAGAAGCUAGGAGAACGGC